GGGUUGUGAUUCCCCCUUUUCCGGUCUCGUUCUCUUCCCACCAUGACUGGGCCGUCUUUCUCCACUUGCCAUAUGCGCAAUAACGGGCUUGGCCCGUCAUCUCCAUCUGAUCCACCUUUUGGGCUAUUAUGGGCCUUUAUUUGGGCCUGGAGUCGGGCCUAUCAGACCCGAUAUCCAUCACAAGCCCCCUAGUUUUCUGGCGACGUGUCGCUAGAAAACUAAUGAUGAGCCGCCUUUGGUUUUCGCGUCGGAUCAGAAACGUCGCACUCGAGUGCCUCGGGUCCAUCCUUUCAACGGAUAUAACCCCUUCUGGACCCGUCUUCUUCCUCUCGCUACUGAAUCUAACCCGACCCGAAUUCCGACCGCAAUUUCCCCACAUCUUUGCUUCUUCUCCCAAAAUGGCUCCUACAGACCCCGAAACCUGGACCCAUGGACCCUCCAUCAUCAAGGAGAACGAACUUCGAGAGGUGGCCGCGCUCCUGGGCAAGGGCUUCCGGAUCCACCAUCCCGAUGCUGUUGGGGGGAUUAGUCUAUCCCACAAUCCAAAUCCCCAGAAGUAUAUGGUCAUGCAAUAUCAUUCUGUGGAAAAUGGGUUUAGGUUGCCCCUCCACGGUCUGCUUCGCGAUCUCUGCCUCCAUUUCGAAUUUGCUCCGGGUCAAUUGACUGCCAACGCGCACAAGUAUGUCGCAUCUUUCAUCUUGCGGUGCUGCGCCCUGGACAGAAUCCCAACGUUGGAUGAAUUCCUUCUCCUCUUCAGUAUCGGUGGUUUCCCUUUCUACAGCCUAUAUCCCCACAACCAUUUCCCAAUUUUUGAAAAAGUCGAGUUCAAGCAUGAGAAAUGGUCACUGAGAUACUUCGUUAUUGAGUUCCCGGCUCACAGCCCCCUUAAUCUACCAGGUGUUGCCCUCCGCCGUUCCAUUUCCCGCACGAAAUUUGCUGCAGCAGAAUUAGGGGAGGGAGUGUAUAACGCCUUGAGAGAAAAAGAAGGUUUAAUUUCACACCCCUCCCUUCAAGACGCCCAACUAUACAAGAAGGCGGGUUUUUACCACCCCCUGGGUCCUGACCCGUUUCCAUUUGAAGGCGUGCCUUCUCCCGAGAGAUCGAAGGCUCCUUCUGCUGCAGAGUCAAAUCCGGCCAUGAGCUCUCCCGGGAAUCAAUCCCGAGGUAACUCCACUGCCUUGGCUAUCCGCAAGCCGACUGUUGCUCUGGAGGCUGUCCCCAUUUCUGCUAUCCCUGGGCUGAGGAGGCCCAUUCCGUCCCAGAAACGGCCACGAGAAGGGGUCACAGAUGAUGAUUUCCUUCCCAAGAAGCGUAGGGGUGAUGGCACUUCUGUUUCACCCAGCCCCCUGUCAACUUCUUCUGGUACUCAGAAUACCACCUCUGCUGCUGCACCCGGAGGUUUAGAGCUACCCAAUCCGGAGAGCCUGGAUAAUGAGGCUGAUGAACUUCCAGACCAAGCACCACUUAAAAUAUCAGCGGUGCAGCCUCAGCCUGAUGCAAACAAUUCCCUCCCUCAAACUGCAUCUGCUCCCCAAGAACUGGAGGAAAAAGUUGAGGGGCAGGAAGAACCAGAGUCUUCUCCUGCAACAGAGAAGGAGAUUGGAAUUCAGAAAGUGCCGGACGCCCCCUCCACGGCGGAGAAGGAAGCUGCAGAGCAAAAAGAUGCCGAGGUUCCUCCAGAGAUGAGGAGAGAGACUGAGACGCAGCAGAAUCAAGAAGAGCAGCAGGAACCGGAGGAAUGACAUCCCGCCACCGCACCUUCGGCCGUCAGUCUCCCCAUCCGGCGCAACUCGUGCAGAUCCGGGGCUUUGACUUUAUCCUUCUCUUUCGCAUGUUGUAUUUUGCUUUGUAACAUUUAGAUGGUAGUUAAUUGAUAACACUUGAUGUAUUUCCGUCCUCACAGACUCCUUUUAUUAAGCCAAUUGUUCUCCUUUUGGGAUUCUUGCUCCGCCCUAGGACUUAGCCGAUUUUUUUAUCCGCCUAGGCUUUGGGCUUAACUGCAUUC